UUUGCAGCCGAGUUGCCGCGGCCGCGAGGUGCCCGGCGGAGCGGCCCCGGCUGGAGCUGGGAGCCUCGGCCCGUGCGCGCCAGGCGCAGCCAUGGAGCCCGGGGCGCCGCGCGCGGCCCUCACCCUGCGCCUGUGCCUGUGGCUCUGGCUGGCGGCCUCGGGGGGCUGCCUGGCUCCGAGCCCUGGCUUGGUGGCGGCGGCGCGGCGGCUGGACGAGUCCCUGUCCGCUGGGAGCGUCCAGCGCGCGCGCUGCGCCUCCAGGUGCCUCAGCCUGCAGAUCACGCGCAUCUCCGCCUUUUUCCAGCACUUCCAGAACAAUGGGUCCCUGGUUUGGUGCCAGAACCACAAGCAGUGUUCUAAGUGCCUGGAGCCCUGCAAGGAACCAGGGGACCUGAGGAAGCACCAGUGUCAAAGCUUCUGUGAGCCUCUGUUCCCCAAGAAGAACUAUGAGUGCUUGACCAGCUGUGAGUUCCUCAAGUACAUCCUUUUGGUGAAGCAAGGGGAUUGCCCGGCUCCCGAGAAAGCGAGUGGCUUCGCGGCUGCCUGUGUGGAAAGCUGUGAGGUUGACAACGAGUGUUCCGGGGUGAAGAAGUGCUGCUCCAAUGGGUGUGGACACACCUGCCAGGUGCCCAAGACCCUGUACAAAGGGGUCCCCUUGAAGCCCAGAAAAGAGUUACGGUUUACUGAGCUCAAGUCGGGGCAGCUGGAGAUAAAGUGGUCCUCGAAAUUCAACGUUUCCAUUGAGCCGGUCAUCUACGUCGUGCAAAGAAGGUGGAACUACGGGAUCCAUCCGAGCGAGGAUGACGCCACGCACUGGCAGACAGUGGCCCAGACCACAGACGAGAGAGUGCAGCUGACGGACAUAAGGCCUAGCAGAUGGUACCAGUUCCGGGUGGCUGCGGUCAAUGUGCACGGCACCCGAGGCUUCACAGCUCCCAGCAAACACUUCCGGUCUUCCAAAGAUCCAUCCGCGCCACCAGCCCCAGCCAACCUUCGACUUGCCAACUCCACCGUCAACAGUGAUGGGACCGUGAGCGUGACUAUCGUGUGGGACUCCCCUGAGGAGCCAGACAGCCCCGUGCAUCACUACAAAGUAUUCUGGACCUGGCCGGUCAGCAGCAAGUCUCUCGUCCCAACGAAAAAGAAGCGGAGGAAAACUACCGAUGGGCUGCAGAACUCCGUGACCCUGGAACGACUUCAGCCGGACUGCGACUACACGGUGGAACUGCAGGCCGUCACCUACUGGGGACAGACCCGCCUCAAGAGUGCCAAGGCGUCUCUGCACUUCAUUUCCACACGCGCUGCUAGCAGCAAACAACAGCUGGGGAAAGCUAGAAAAGGUGGGACCCCAGUACAAGCACCUCUGCAAAGACGACGGCCCGCUCGCCCGCUAGAGAUUGGAGCGCCCUUCUUCCAAGACAACCAACUGCAAGUCAAGGUCUACUGGAAAAAGACUGAAGAUCCCAGUGUCAACCGAUAUCACGUGCAGUGGCUUCGGGAAGCCUGUACUCACAACAGGACCGCGGGAGCAGCGACUUCCUCAGGCGUGACCCACGAAAAUUAUAUAAUUCUUCAAGAUCUCUCUUUGUCCUGCAAGUACAAGGUGACAGUCCAGCCAAUACGGCCAAAAGGUCUCUCAAAGGCAGAAACCAUCUUCUUUACUACUCCACCCUGCUCCAGUCUGAAAGGAAAAAGUCACAAGCAUUUCAGCUGUCCUGGAGACACAGGUCACGUCCUCUCCAAAGUGCUCCCCAAGCCGGAGAACCUUUCUGCUGCGUUCGUCAUCCAAGAUGUGAACAUCACCGGCCACUUUUCUUGGAAGAUGACCAAAGCCAAUCUCUAUCAGCCCAUGACUGGGUUUCAAGUGACUUGGGCUGAAGUCACCACCGAAAGCAGACAGAACAGUUUACCCAACAGCAUCAUCUCCCAGUCCCAGAUUCUGCCCUCAGAUCACCAUGUGCUCACCGUGCCCAACCUGAGGCCGGCCACCCUGUACCGCCUGGAAGUCCAGGUGCUGACCACAGGUGGGGAGGGCCCGGCCACCAUCAGGACGUUCCGGACCCCCGCCCUCCCGCCCUCGGCCGCGCAUCGACCCCAUCUGAAGCAUCAUCAUACACACCAUUACAAGCCCGCUCCUGAAAGAUACUAAACCACACCCAGCCCGUCUCCACAUUUACCCGGAUGUGCACGCUUGCUGAACUCCAGCCCCUAGACACGUGUCUUUCUGCAAUGGUAGGGACUUCUCAGAGACCGAGCACAGUGAGUACUUCUGCCAAUUACAGACGCAUCCGGAAACAUGGGACAAGUCGUGACCCAGUGCAGGUGGGCACUGCUUCCCUAGCGAAGAGGAGAAAAACGAAGAAGAUGUCUAUGUAACUCUGAAUUUCUGUCGCUGGUUUUGCUAAUUUCUUUUCAAUCUCUGCAGAAUGGAGAGUUUCCUGAAUUUUGAACAGCAAGCUCUUACAACAGAGUAGAGUAACAAAUAAGAGUUUACACACAUACUAAAUAUAUAUUUAAUCAACAAACCAUAUUUUUUAUUAAAUUACUGUUUCGGUUUGCAAAGUCGACUAAGAUUAUAUGGAGUUUGGGUACUGUUUUAUCACUCUUUCUUAAAGUCUUUUUAUCAUAGGUGAUUUUUUUUUAAAUGAAAAUAUAUAAUCUGAUUUAUACCCGUGAAGUUUAAUCUAAAAACAUGUUCCUUAUUUAAGCAGCCUUAGCAUCUUUUUAUACAAAGGAAAACAGAUGAGUCUAUCAUUUACUACCUACAAAACACCCAAAACUCCAGGUACACAGUGCGUCAGCUCCUAACUAAAUUUUACCUAGUUGAAAUGGAAAUUCUGUGCUGGGGAUACCUUUAAAUGCUCCAUUCAAUCUGAGAAAUUUUCCUAAUCUGUUACCUUAUUUAUAGUCCGUCUCCAUGCAGCUGUGGAUGUGUUUUGUUUCACCAGCUGAAAAUUCACAAAGCUACCUGCUUCAAGUGAAAGAAUCACAACCCCUGGGCGUUUUCAAACCUUUAAGAUUUGCUUUUUUUUUCAUCUGAGGAAGUUAUUUCCGUGAUAUAGUGUUCUCAGUAAUAUAAAAACAAAAUGACUUUUUGAUUUUUUUUUACAUGAAUGAUUGUAGUCCUUUAAUUCAAACUGUACUCUUUCAAAUCUAUUAAAUGUUAUUGUUUGAAAAAUUCCUUAUUGUGCAGGAGCAUUGCAAUGGUCAAAAUGUGUUAUCAGCAUAUGGUAUUGAAUUGUGUUCUCGGGCAAGCUAGCCACAGACGUGUGUAGUUUCAUCUAGUUAUUUUCUUCUUGAGAGACUGACCCUGUGUACAGUUUUAAACAUGCAUAGAUGUAUCUGUACACUUAUAAUUGUGUGCAUGCAUAUAAAUGUAGUGCAAGUCUACAUGCACAUAAUUAUAGACAGAGAGACAUUUCUUUAGUGAUAUAUAUAUAUGAAUCACUAAAGAAAUUGUUUUCACAUUUCCCUGGUGGUGAGUAAAAAUAUACUUAUUCCAAAGUUAAUAAAUGUAAUAUAUUUUCCCCAUCAAACCACAUUGAGAUUCUUAAGAAAAGAGCAAUUUAUCAAAGUGAAUCAGUGGAAAAGAAAAGCUUCAAUAUUUUUCCAUCAACCAAGUACAAGAGGGAGAAAGCCAGUAAGGUCAUUUUUAGCUUUUGCGGAGAGGAUUUCUUUCUUCUCCUUUUGCUGUCUCUAGGAUGCAGACGGAUGCAUGCCUGACAGUUCCUGGGAACAGCGGUUCCAUCUCAAUUCAGAGUCUCCCUGAGCCCUUCUGGUAGUGUUUAAAGAAAUAUAGGUGGAAAAUAAGAGAGGGAGAGGCUCCUUUGGUCAUCAUGUUGGCACAGAUCUUUAGGAGAGAUGGUAUAGCUAUCGAGAAAGAACUCUUUCCUGUAUGUUGAAGUAUUUAGAAAAAGGAAAGUGGUAGAAGUUAGAGACUGGAAGUCCCGGUGUGUACUGAGUGGCUCCCAGGGCCCAUGACUGUGGGCUUCGUGGUCUCAGCGUGGUGUGGGCUAAGUGCCUGCUUCUAAGAACGUGAAUGGAGAAUGCAGUCAUGGGUGAAGCCCCAACCCAACCAAACAUCACAGAGAUCUGAAACUACUAUCCUUCCUCUGCUAGCACCAGUCUUUGAACUUCAGGUUCUUAAAAUUUCAAAACUUACAAUCUGUUAUUGGCUAUAUGUUUUAUCUUUUACCUUACUUUUUCAUCAACAAAUCUAAAUGUGCCAGUGGGGUUGUGCGCUAUUGUGCAGCUCUAAAUGCAGGAGGGUGUACCUAGACACAAAAUAUUAUUAAAUUAUCCUAUAAAUUUAACUUUAUAAAAUUUAUGUUUCUUUUGUCUGGGUAAAUGACAUUCAGUAAAUAUGUUUUUAGCUCAGAGAUGGCUCCGAAGCGAAUAGCGCCCAUUAGGAAAUCCUAAACAGCUUUUAAGAGCGUCUGAUUUGGAUAUAAUAAUGAAAAAUGUUUUAGUGUUCUGAGAUGAAAAAUUCUAUUACUGAGUUAAUGAAAGAUGUAUUUCCAUUUUGAAUUUUAAUAAUCUCUAAUACUAAUCAAAUGAUAAAAAUGCAAUAAUAAUUUUUUGAA